CGGAUCCGUAGCGCACGUGACGGUCAGCUGACUGCAGCCGGAAGCUUUGGGGAAGCAGAUAAACAAACGCCAGUCGCCUUACAAAAAUUACAAUUUAGGCAUAUUUACGACUGAUAAUCAUGGAGUCGACGCUCGAGCAGCACCUUGACGACACCAUGAAGAAUCCAGCAAUAGUGGGUGUGCUGUGCACGGACCAGCAGGGACACAACCUGGGCUGCCGUGGCUCGCUGUCUGAUGAACAUGGAGGUGUUGUGUCAGUUCUGGCCAAACAAGCUGCAGCUCUCACCAGAGACCCCACGGACACUCCCACUGUCUGCCUGGAGUCGGACUCGGGGAACAUUCUGGUGAGAUCACAUGGCACCAUCACAGUGGCUGUUCACAAGAUUGCAUCCUGAGGAAAGACACCGUAACUGCCAGAGGAGAGUUCUUGUAUAGUAUCUUAAAUGUAAACAUGCGUCUGUAUGCAAAGAGCUAAGUCAACUUUGAAAAUGAGCUCCAUUUUUGCGUUGAAACUUCCCUAAGGGAAAUGCUGAGUUUCCAAACUGGUCUGCUGCUUUGCAUAGCUCCAGUUUGAGCCAGAGAGUAAAGGUUCACGGUGACGGUAAAUACUGCAUGUCUCUGCUGUCACAUUUGAAUAAAAUCUAAAAAUUGCUUUAUUUCUAAUACUGAACAUCCAAGUGUGAUUUCAUAAUAAAAAUGUGUCAUAAA